AUGGCAGAAGCGAGGCAGCGGACGGCCCUGCGCACAGGACACGCCGGAGCUCCGAGGCCCGUGCCGAGCCUCCCUUCCCACCCCGCUCGGGCUCCCGCAGCGGCUCUCGGCCGCGACACCCCUCGGGAUGGCCGGGCCGGGGUCGGUGUCCCCCAGCGGGGCCAUGGGAGGGACGGGACGGGAGAGUCGAGGCACCUGGCAGCUCUGCCCUCCUCGGGAGGGCUGCCGCCGGCACCCGUCCGGAUUGGCAGGAGCCUGCGCCCUCCUCUUCCUCCCUUCCUCCUUUUCCCUCCUCCGCGGGGUGGGUUUCGGCCCUCCUCCUUCCUUGGGGAAAGGGGGAGUAGUUUAAAGAGGGAAAAAAAAAGAAGAGAGAAAAAGAGAAAGGAAAUCCCAAGUCGCGUCCCCGACGUCUCCGGGCCCCGCGGCCGCCCCACAUUCCUGGCAUUCCUAAGCCGUGACUCCCCGCGCCGCCCCGGCCCCAGCCCUGCCCCGGCCCCGCCGCCUCCGGCUCGCCCGCCCGCCCGCCGCUGGCCCCACUCGCCCCCGCGGGACACCAGUCCCCUCCCUCCUUCCCUUACGCUCAGCCUCCGUCCUGCCCGCACCCCGCGGGCGGCAGCCGGAGCUCAGGGCGCCCCGGCCCCCCCCCAGCUCCCGGCCGCCCCGCCGAAGCUCGCCGCGGUGGCCGGGCCGGGGCGGAGGGAGCGGGUCUGCUUCCCCUCCCGCUUAGCCUUCCGCCUCCAGCGGCAGCGCCUAACGCCGGAGCCGCCGCCGAGCAGGGAUCCCUUGAAGCUCUCCCUGGGAAUGGACAGCUACCUCUAUUUCUGGAGGAGAGUCGUGGCACUUGAAGAAGCCUUCAAGGCGAGUCGACAAGGGUGCUGA